AUGGAAUUGCCAACAACUAAUGUUGCUAUUCCAAUUCUAGAAAAUGUGGAUGUUCCAAUUUCGGAAAAUGUGGAUGUUCCAAUCUCUCAAACACAAUUUCAAAGAAUUGACCUUGAUUCUUUGGAUUAUGAUCCUGGAACACGCAAAAAAAUAUGGGAAUAUCAUGUUAAUCAACGUGAUGAAAUUCGACAGGCUUACAUUAAAAAAGAUCCGCACCAACCUCCUCUAGAGACAUUCAAAAAAAGUGGAAAGCGCAAUUGUAGCUUUCAAGCUUCUUGGUAUAGAAAUAAUUCAAAAUGGCUUGAAUAUUCUCCUACAACAGAUGCAGCUUAUUGUCUACCUUGCUUUGUCUUUCAUAAUCCAAAUGUGGUUGUGGGACAAAAUACAUUCAUUAUUGGUGGAUUUAGAAAUUGGAAAAAGGUUGGGGGCAAAGAUUGUUAUUUUCAAGGUCAUAUAGGAAAGGAUCCUAACUCAGCUCAUAGAGUUGCUGAGCAAAUGUCUUUUAGAGGUCGAGAUGAAAGUUUUAGUUCAUUAAAUCGUGGGAACUUUCAUGAAUCAUUGGGUAUUGUGACUUUUUGGAAUGAAAAGGUUGCUGAAAUAACAAAAAAAGCUCCCAAAAAUGCAACCUACACAUCACCUAGGAUUCAAAAGGAAAUUCUACAUGUUUUCUCAGCCAAAGUGAAGAAGGCCAUUCGGGAAGAAAUUGGUGAUGUAAAGUUUUGCAUAAUGAUUGAUGAAGCUCGUGAUGAGUCCAUGAAAGAGCAAAUGGCUGUGGUUUUUAGAUAUGUUGAUGCAGAAGGCUUUGUGAAAGAACGCUUUUUUGGGCUUAUUCAUGUUAUUGACACUGCGGCUUUGACUCUAAAGAAGGGGAUAUAUUCUUUGUUAUCUCAACAUUGCUUAGAUAUACAAAAUAUUCGAGGGCAAGGAUAUGAUGGAGCAAGCAACAUGCGAGGUAUGUGGAAUGGAUUACAAGCUUUGAUUUUGAAUGAUUGCCCAUAUGCUUACUACAUCCAUUGUUUUGCACAUCGCUUACAAUUGGCAUUAAUAAAAGCAUCAAAACAAGUUGUUCCCAUUAGUCAUUUUUUUCUUACAUUGCUUUUUCUGAUCAAAAUUGUUAAUGCUUCAUGCAAGCGCAAUGAGCAAUUGAAAGUUGCCAAUGCUAAUGAAAUAGCACGUUCGAUUGAUCAUGAAGAGCUUGAGACUAGAAGUGGACUUAAUCAAAUUGGCACUUUACAACGACCUGUAGAAACACGUUGGAGUUCACAUUUUAGAUCAGUUUCUAGCUUAUUAAGGAUGUUUACUUCAACUGUUGAAGUUUUACAAAAUAUAAUUGAUGAUGCAAUUGAUGGAGAACAUCGGGCAGAAGGAGAGUCAGCUUAUGAUGGUUUAACUUCAUUUGAAUUUGUCUUCAUCUUGCAUCUUGAGAAGGAAACUAUGGAGAUCACUGAUAAACUUUAUUAUGACAAACAAGUGUUGGAGAAGGAGCUUUAUCAUUUUGAGCAUAAUGUAGUCCAAGAUCCAGAGUUCAAAAAAUUGAAAAGUUUGGAUUCAAUAGUAGAUGAUUUUGAAGAUUUGAAAGAGCGUCGAGUUCCUUUUUCAUAG